AUGCCAUCUUCGCUCCCGUAUCACGAGCCGUCGAUCGAGACGAUCCUCAUACAGUCGUCCCUUCUCCUGCUGCUCAAUGCGGUGAACCACAUCCUCGACUCCGUCAUCUACGCCGGCGGCCUAUCCACCGACCUCUCCGCCCUGAGAACCAACAUCUGGCUCUCGACGUGCGUCGCCGCCACAGGUGUGGCCGUCCCGAUCGGCCUGUCAUUCACGCUCCCGUCCCUGGUCGGGGGGACGAGCCAGCUGCAGGCCUUCGCGGCGGGGGCGGCCCUGUGCUCCACCAGCCUGGGCACCACCUUUACGCUCCUGGCGACGAGCGGGCUGGGCUCGUCCCGGCUGGGCGUGGUGCUCUCGUCGGCGGCCAUGAUGGACGACGUCGUCGGCCUGGUCAUGGUGCAGAUCAUCUCGGACCUGGGAUCCGGGCCCGACGUCGAAGCCGCCACCGUCGUACGACCCGUCCUGACCUCGCUGGCCUUCGCGGUCGUGCUGCCCCUCGCGUGGGGCUGCGCCGUCGUCCCGGCCGCGCGCCGUCUGCGUCUCGUCGCCGGGGGCGGCAGGCUCGCCGGGCUGGCGGACCACGAGCACCUCCACCUCGCCGCGCUCACGGGGACGCUGGUGGGCGUGGUCACGGGGGCUACGUACGCCGGGUCGUCGCCGCUGCUCGGGGCGUACGUCUCGGGCAUCAUGGUCUGCUGGUGGGAUCGGGAGGCUGCGCAGCGUCGCGGCCCCGGCCGUCGCGGUCAGUCCGGUGCCGGCGGGGAGCAUCCCCCCGGUGGUGGACACGGUCAGGUCGGUGUCGACGCGGCCGGGACGAGGGGCCGGGACCGGGACCGGGAGCGACACGUCGCAUCACCAUCCAGCAGCGCGGCCAUCUUUGGAAGAUACUACGAGCCCGCUCUCCGGAGGGUAUUCAGACCACUCUUCUUUGCCUCGGUGGGCUUCUCCAUUCCCAUCACAGAGAUGUUUACGGGGGCCAUCGUCUGGCGCGGAGUCGUCUACGCGAUCCUGAUGGGGAUCGGCAAGAUGGUGUGCGGACUGUGGCUCCUCCUCCGAAUACCCCGUCCGUCGGCCAAGCUGCAGCACCUGGCCCAGGUUGCCAGGAGCAGCUUGAUGCGCAUCGCCUUCUCCUCCCCGCCUCCCUCUACUUCCCCUCCCCCCCCCUCCCCUUCUAGCCUCCGUCGCCGUCGCCGCCGAGCCACGGCCGAGGGCGAGGCGCAACCACGGCGGCGCGGUCAGCGUCCAGGGAGGUCCGACGAGGAGGAAGAGGGAGAGGAGGAGAAGGAUUCUCUGUCAGUGUACCCGGGUCUCAUGAUGGGUUCGGCCAUGAUGGCUAGGGGAGAGAUCGGCUACCUCAUCUCGUCCAUUGCCGAGGGCGGAGGCGUCUUCGCCAGCAGCGGCAGCAGUGCUGAUGCCGAUGCUGCUUCAGGGGACGAGGUGGACGGGCCGUCAGACCUCUUUCUCGUCGUCACCUGGGCCAUCACGCUGUGCACCGUGGUGGGGCCCAUCGGCCUGGGAUUUCUGGCCAACAGAGUGCGCAGGUUGGAGAGGGAAUCAUCGGGUAGCGAUACCGGUAGGACGAAUGUCCUCGGCCGAUGGGGGGUUGACGGCGGCGGCGGCGGCAGCAGCAGCAGCAGCAGCAGCAGCAGUUGA